AUGUAUAUAGAGAGAGAGAGAGAGAGAGAGAGAGAAAGAGAGAGAGAGAGAGAGCGGCAAGGUAGAGAAGCUAUGGCUACAAGCAUGGAUAGGAAUUGGCAUUGCCUUUCUCUGUACCUACUUGUCCUGGUAAUGACUAGUGCAUAUGCAUCAAAUGAUGACCAAGAAUUGAAGAGUAAGCGACUUUGCAGCCAGUGCUCGAAAUGUGAGUCAAGUAAAUGCCCUCCAAGCGAAGCCUACCCCCAUAUGACUGCAUUUGAUGACACUCUUAUUGCUGGUGCUUUACAGUCUGACUUUGUGGAUUUGAAUGACAGAGGAGUUUACUCAGUGCCAGAUAUCAAAGGUGGCCAAUCGCCAAAUCUAAAUGCUUAUUAUGGCUGGAAAUCUACUUCUGGUUCUGCUUCCGGUUUUCACAGGUUUAGCAACUAUAUGGACAAAUGUUCAGGUGGACAAACUUACCUCACGGUGGACAAGCACGGCAGUGUUAGCCUUCGUUUAUUGAGCUCCCUGGAAAGCUUAGCAGAGGCUGACUGGAAAUCAAUUAAUCCACCCAAGAAACUAAACCAUCGCCAAUUCCGCUUCUGGGUCUCUCGGAGUGCAAGAAAAUGCCUCACUGUAUUUGGAGGAAAAACAAAGAAACGAAGAGUGGGUGUGUCCGAAUGCAAAUUUAAUGGCGCAAACCCGUACCAACUGUUUGCCUUCCGCUUUCAUUACCACAAAGCCUUCUGUUGUUGCGGUGUUCACAACGAGUGAUGAGUUUUGUUUUAAAAAAGCUUGAAGUCAAAGUUGGCACAAUUCAAAAUAAGAAGAUACACAUAAGUGUGCGUGUGUCCAUGUGAUUGCUACUCAUAGCAAAAUAUAUAACAUUUCCAUUACAAGGCAUUUGUGGUGUAUGACUAAAUAUGGAGUUUUAAUAUGUGAGACAUAUUGAUAAACAAUGCUUAAAUUUUUUUUCCGGCAAUCAAUCGUAGAGUUCCAAACUUUAUGGCUUUUAGCCCCAAUAUUUGUUAUGAGAAAUGUCGAAUUAUCAGAGAGACUAGCCAAAGACCCACUUCCAACAAUAUCGAUAUUGUUUAUAACUUGAUAUUUACCACCUGCAAGUGUAGAGUUUUAAUACAAAAGACCUUGGUGUUAGUUGAGAUGAGAUAAUCAUAUUUAAACUCUUAUUUCUAGUUGAGGUGAGGUAAUCAUAUUUAAACUCUUGUUCUUUCUUUCUUGUUCUGAUGGUACUAGGCAUAGUGUUUAGGUUGAUGCAAAAGAUAAGGGUUGAACCUUUAAACACACAGAACUGGAUAAAAUUGCAGAGAAUUAGAAUGCAGAGAGAGAGAGAGAAAAGUAUAUUUCUUGAUUGAAAUCGAAGAAGCUACUACAUAGUUAUAAAAAAAUAAAAUAAAAAAAUAAAAAAAAACCUACAAAUUAGGAAACAAAGAUGCAUCUCCAACCAUUCAGGCCAUCGGAAGCUACGAUCCUUCCACUUGGGAAUGGAUCCAGGGACAUAGUAUGAUUCCAAAGGAUAGGAAUACCAACUGUGAUACUUGCUAAAAACAGAAAGUAAACUAGCCGUUACAAUUUAAAGACUAACGGCUACUACUAAAAAUAGCAAGUUCUUCAUUUCUUCGAUUUCAUCUUCCUCUUCAAUUUCAGCAGCAGGAUUAUCAUCUGCAGGUUGGAUUUAAGCUAGUAUGCAGCUUAAUUCUCAACAUUUCUUUCC